CUGGAGAAGCAAAAAAAAGGAGGAAAAAAUUAUUACUUUUAUCACUUAUUCAGCGAUUGGAAUCUUGGUAGCUACGCUGUAGUAUUUGCCACUAGUUUGUUUUCCGCAAGUUUCGUCAGUUACGGUAUUGCAUACAAUAUGGAUGCUUUGGCUGGUACGGUCUAUAUUAAUGUAAUAAUUUUGGGUUCCGUAAGAUGGGGGAUUAAUAUUACGGCUGCUAGCUUGGAAUACAUGUUUCAAAAAAUCGGAAGACGAUUACUUCAUCUUGUUGCUGUAGGAUUCAUAGCUACUGUCAUGGGAGUAACUUUCGUUAUCUAUCUUUUCACAUGGCCAAAAAUCAAUGAUUACAAAGCUGGUGUGAUAUUGGGUAACGAAGAAGAAUCGUUCAUUCGUGUCAUCGUCAUGUUCACACGAUAUGCUUGUCUUCUAGCAGCUGCAAUGUGCACUGAAGUAUUUGUGUUGAAUGCUGUUCAACCGUCUGAGCUAUUUCCAACACCAAUUCGAAGUACAGGCAUUGCAUUCAUUCAAAUGUUCAACCGACUUGGCACAAUUGUCAGUCCACUCGUGUUCAUACCAAGUAAGCACUGGCCACCAGCGCCUUUCUUACUGAUGUUCAUAACGAGCAGCGCCGAUUUCCUAUUGUAUUUCUUAUUGGUGCCUGAAACUCGGGGCAAAAGAUUACCCGACCACAUGCCUGGAGAAUAUCCAAGUAUCUCUGAAAAGCCUGCACAAAAUGCAAAAGCAGAAAUGUCAGAUAAAAUUGCUUCUGUUAGUGGUGCAGAAACUGGAAGUAACAAUUUGGAGAAGAAAGAAAAACGUGCAUAUUGGUCGAUAUAUAAUGUACUCACUGUUGAUAUGAUUACAGUAAAGAACAGUAAUGAAUUGAGAUAG